UUUUGCGCAGAGAGGGUGCGCAGUACACCAGUUUUUCAACCGACGCCAUGUUGGUGAGGUGGAUUGACAAAUACCUUGGAUGAAACCCGCGAUUUCCAGCACGGAAUGGAAGCGUAACUUCACGUCUAACGGUUACUUUUGCACCUACAGUUAAGUCUAGUCGGGCAGAAGUAUUCUGGCUGGGGGAGAAGCCACGGAAAAACGGCGAACAUGGCUCUCGAAAGCCUGUUCAGCAAACCCCAACCCUUGGUUAACAAAAAUUGUGAACCAGACACACAAAACGAAGAAUCUGAGCUCGCUGAGAAAGAAAGAAGGGAGAUGCAGGGAACAGGCCAUGAAACAUCAUAUGGACACCAUGGGAGGGAGGAAGAGUCAGGAGAAGAAGGGGAAUUGGAGGAAGGAGAGGAGACAGAAAGUAGUGCUGCCUCCACAGAGGACACUGGACAGUCUUUUGAUGGGGAAAGUUAUGAUAUGCCUGAUCAUGCCAAACACUCGUAUGAAGGUGAUGUCCAGCUACAGUACAGAGAACUUGGUGAGAAAGGGUUUCAUAAUCCAUACAUGGGGGGCAGUGAUGAGUAUGCAGAGGAGGAAAUGCCACUACCCCAUGGUCACCUGCAGCCAAUGAAAGACCAGGAGGACUUUGCUCAGCCAAUAGGAAUGGGGGAAAGCGAAUUGAAUGUUUCAGACUUGUUGCAGAGUGAUAAUCAGAUACAGGGUGGCAAUGAAAAUGUUCCCAGCUCCCUUAACUUUGAUCAGGAUGACUUUCAGGCUCAGCCAGAAAACUUUAUUGACUUCUCACAAACUACAGGUGAUGAAGGCAUACCUGGACAGUUCGAUAAUUAUACAGUGGACAGUGCAGAGGACAUUGUAGAUAGCAUUCUAAGGGAAGCAGCUAAGCCUCUUGCUCCAGAAGAGAUAGAGCAACAAUAUAGGAUUCAAGAACAGGUUCAGAGUUUUUCCGAGAAUGAACAGAGACUUGUUCAAAACAUAGCUGUUGAUGAGGGUGAGUACGAAGAAGAGGACCCACAUAGUGAAGAAGAUCAUAGACAUGUCUCCCAAAGAAGAUUAGAUGAAGAACGGAAAGGUGUCAGAGGGGAAGAAGAAAUAGUCCAGGGAAAUGAAGAGGAACUGAAUAAUGCUGAAGUAGUUACAGAGGAUCACUAUAGGGCCAGAGGUCGACUUGGUAGAAAACAGUACACUGAUGAGGCAUAUGAGGAACAUGGAACUGUAGAAGAUGUUAGUGAUGAUGAAGGGGAGUACAUGGAAGAGGGGGAAGAAGACAUGGAUAGGGAUGAGAACCCAGGAACUGAAGAACAUGGACAUCACCAUGAUUCUGAGGAAUCACACGAUGAGGAGGGUACUGCGGACGAGUCUUCAGAGGAAAGUGAAGAAGAGAAGAUGGAACAAGACGAACCAAAGGCACCCUCACCAGUUCAAAGUGAGGAAGGAUUAAAGGAGGCUCAAGAUGAUGAUUUGGAGGAGGGAGAGCUAGAGGAGGGAGAGAUUGAUGAUGAUGAUGAGCCCCAGGAAGCAGCCCCUCCUCCUGAAAAGAGACAAAAGAGAGAGUCACGAAAGGAGAGAGCAGAAAGAAAGAAAGCAGAGAGAGCUGAAAGGAAGAAGAGAAAGGAGAGAGAAAGGUUGAAAAGGAAACGUGACAAGGAGAAAAGAAGAGCCAAGAAAAGGAAGCACCAAUUCAAAACCACUGAGAAGGAGCAGAGGUCCAGAUCUCGGUCUCCAGGCUUCCAUGGGUCCAGUCCGUCAUACAGUGACCACAGCCACUACAGUGACUAUGAUGAGUUCAGCUAUGGGAGACAAGGUGGUGCCAGCAGGAAGAGAAGGAGGUCGGGGUCACAUCCGUACGACUCUCCGUAUGAGGAGGACUACUUUGACGACUUUGAGGGAUUUGGUCGAUCACCACAGUCACAAAGGGACAGUUUUGGCCCCAGGGGAGGCCGUGGGAGAGGCCGUGGGCGAGGGAGGGGCAGGGGGAGGGGUGCAGGACCCCACGGGAGGGGCGGCAGUAUGAUGUCCAUGCUGGAAGGGGAUGACAUGGACAUCAACAUAGCAGCUAAUGAAGGGGAGAGUUUUGCUGGCCAUCACAGAGGUGGGCGUGGUGCCCACGGCGGCCCAGGCAGGGGGCGUAGCAGGGGGCGUGGCACCUUGGCAGGGCCUCCAAUGAAAAUGCGGGGCAGACCCAGACCCAGAGUGCUUUGUAAGUUCUGGAUGGAAGGGAGAUGUGCCAAGGGACAAGAUUGUACCUUCAGCCAUGAUGCUCAACCUUACAAAAAGCAAGAGAUGUGCAAGUUCUACCUGCAGGGCUAUUGUGCUAAAGGGGAACACUGCCUCUUCAUACAUGGUUCGUUCCCUUGCAAGUUUUACCACACGGGCAAGCCAUGCUAUCAGGAUGAAAACUGUCGCUUCUCACAUGAUCCUCUGACAGAGGAGACAAAGGCACUGCUCGACAAGUACCUGGCGAGAGAGCAGGAAGACCAGGAGCUGAGACGACAGGAGCAGGAGCAGCAACCACCGGAUAACGAGCAAGAGGACCAACUGCCCCCUCCCCCUCCCAUCAUGCAGCAGGAGCCCUACCGUGGUCCCAUGCCCCCACCCAAAGGCGUGGGCCUUCUCCCCACCCCCAACAUUCCUCCUGACCCCCAUGCCAAUGACCCCAAACCUAAGAUUCCCUCGCUGUUCGAAAUAAAAGUGGAGCCACCAAAGAAACUCAUGCACCGUUUCUUUGGUGAAGCUGUGUCGCCAACCAAGCAGGGUCCUCCCCCCGGUCCUCCCAUGAAUGUUGCCCCUGGUCCCAGCAGCCUGGACAUCCAUGCCCAGCAGACAGCAGGCUUCUACCACGCCUUCUACUCCCAGCAGGGAGGAGCCGAGUCUCCGCAAGAAAAUGAGGGAUGGAAUGAAGAAGAUGUCAAGCCAAUUACUGAUGAUGGGAAAGUUGAGACAGAAGAAGCUAGUGAUCAUGCAAAAGAGGGGAUGGAGCAACAUGAGCCACCAGAGCUGGAACAAAGUCACCCAGUUGUGGAGGAAACCAAGAAAGCAGAAGAGGAGGAUAAAGGCGGGGAGACAACAGAAACUGCACCAGAGGAGUCAUCUGCAAAGGAAAGUGAAAGUGACACUGAAGGCAAAAAGUUGGAAGUUGCUGGCGGCCCGGACCUGAGCCACAUGCCACACAGACAGCGGGCACUCUUCCUCCGCAUUCAGCAGAAACAGCACCAGGAGUCUUUGGACAAGGAGGGCAAGUCUGAGGAGAGUAAAAAAGAAGAGAAACAAGAAGAGAACUGGUACUCCAGUGAGGAAGAUGAGGAGGAUGACCGGGAGGGAGAUGAGACAAGUCAACCACUUACCAACAUCCUCCGUACUCUCCGUGAGCAGGCAAGCUCACAGCCAACUUCAAACUCGGGUGGUAACUGGCCGUCAGCUGGUGGGGGCUUGAGGCCACGCAGUGUAUGGGGAGAAGACAAGCAGGAGCUUGCACAGAACAAUGAUAUACCCCAGCUUCAGCCACUGCCAGAAAAUUGGCCUGCUGACCCACGUGCCAGGCUGCAGGGUGUACCACAGGGGCCACCAUCACACAACUGGCCCAGGGCAGCACAGGCCCCCGAGUCACAGGUACCAAAUCCAGCUGGACAGGCCUGGCCAUCAGACCCCAGAAGGGCGAGGGAUCCACGUGCCCAGCUGCAGGAUCCACGCUCCCAGGGCACCCGGUCAACCGACCCCAGACUGCAGCCACAAGCAAAUAACAAAAUGUUGGACCCCAGAAGUCUGUCAAGAGAUGAAGAUUUUGAGGAGCCUGAUGAGCCCACCACUCCAAUGACCCCCACCACACCAGGUGGUGGUCACCGGCUCCUGUCCCAACCGGCCAUCAUUCCGCUGGAGCCUCAGUCUCACCAGGUGGACCCUCGACUGACCAACAUGAAUCACCUUCAGCCACGACAGGUGGUGCUGGAACAGCUGGCUCGAUAUGGUCAGUCGGGUGGUCAGCCCGACUCCAGAAUGAGCCGGACAAUGCAGUCCGACCCCAGGCUUGUGCGCAGCCAGUCUGACCCAAGGCUACAGAAUGGGCAAGCAGGGAAGCCACAGGACCCCAGAGCACGAGGGGGUAACCAGCAGGGUCCCGACCAGAUGGAACAAAGCCAUCAUCCUAUGCCAAACCAUAGAGUUGAAGAGGAUAUAGGACCUCAUAGAGGUCCAAGAAUGGAGCAUGCCUUUGGCAGGCAAGGUCUGAGACAGCAAGGGCCCAAUCACAGUCCACCUCAGUUUCCUGGCAACCAAGGAGGACCACACCCGCCAGCAGGUCAGACUUUCCCAGGUAACCAGAGUGGGGCACCGUUACAAGGGAACGAGGGGAGAGAACGGUUCCCUGGACAUCAAGGUCAGACUCAGUUUCCUGGCAACCAAGCUGCAGGACAGGCCACUGCCAGUCAGGGCGGGGCUCGAUUUCCUGGGAGUCAAGGUGGAGGUCCAUUUCCUGGCAGUCAAGGUGGGGCUCGAUUUCCUGGCAUACAGGGUACUGGACAGGGCCCUGACAACCAAGGCAGAGUUCCGUUCCCUGGCAACCAGUCUAUGAGACAGUUUAGCAUCAGUCAGAACCGUCCCCAGUUUUUAGGUGGUCAAGCUGCACAGUUGGCCCGGUCUGACCCGCGGCUUGCACGUCAAGGCAGUGACCCACAACCCUUACAGAAACCUGCUGGAGACCCUCGUCUCCAGAGAAAAGGAUCCCUUCCUGCACAGCCUUCAACCAACAAGGCGAUGGAUCCCCGGCUGGCACGUCUGCAGGGGGCACCCGACCCCCGGCUGCAGAGACAGGUGUCACGGGAGAAGGGACAGGAUCCCCGCUUAGCACGGCAAGGAAGACUUCCACCCGAACAAACUGGAGAGCCUACAGUUAAAGCUUCCACAGAGAAGGCUUCAGAAAAGUCUGAACCAACCAAAUUAGCCCCCUAUGAUCCCAGACUGUUGUCUGGUAGUUUGAAGUCAGGAGCCAAAGCAACAAGUAGCCCUCCAAGCUUACCUCCAUAUGAUCCAAGAGCAAUGAACAAAACAAGCAGUAGUGGACCUGCAGCAAGUGGCGGUACUUCUCAACGGAAAUUUGUCAUCCCAAAGGCAGCUAACACGGGAGAGAGUCAGGUCCGCAUGACACGGCAAGGGUUGGACAGAGGACAACAUGUAGGUAGUACAGGAGCACCAGGAGAUAACACUGCCAAGUAUAAUGCAUAUAACCGUCCCCGCCCCAGACCCGCCGUUCCAACUGUAACAACGUCAGGUCCUAUGGCAUCCAUGGCCAGUAGUGCGCCAUCCACAAAUAUUCCCACACCUGUUAUCUCCAUGUACGGUAGUGCAAAGGCACCUAACAACCCACAAGGACCAGCUCCCAACCGCCCUAAUCAGUCAAAAGACGAGUCCCUUAAGGAUGUUUUCAAGACAUUUGACCCAACUGCUUCUCCAUUUGGUAUGUAGGUUAGGCUUCACUGUGAAAGUAACAAGUUACUUCCUUAUGAUAUACAUUAAAUAUAUUUGUGCUUGUUUAUAUAGAGUUAACACCAUGUACACAUGUAACUUCUCAAGAGUAUUGUUGUCGUCAAAGACUCCUUCAUGAGAACAGAUCAUUUUCAUGAAUGUUGUUUGAUAUGUGGCUUUAUCUGUCAUUCAAUCAGAUGCUAACUAUCUGAAUUGAAAAUGUGUAAGAUUUGGGGUCAUCAGCAGAUGCAUCAGAAAGCAAAUGAAAUGGUGUCUACUUUGUCUGAAAAUGGACCAAAAUGUAAUUGUAAGCUACCUGUAGUUACAGCCCAGUGUUGCCAAUCAGCAGUUGUGGAGUCUAGUUGUCAGCUACAUUGUACAUGUACACCUUUUGUUAGUAUCAUAUUGCAUAUCAGGAGACAGAAUCAAGAGGCCUGGCUGUCCUAAAGUCUACCUGAUAGAGUUCAUUUUAGAUAGCUUAAGGUUUUAAGUUGUAUAAUAAUCAACCCAUGUUAAGACCAAGACUGUAAUGCAGUUCUGUACACUUCUAAAUACAACUUACAAUAAUGUGUUGUAUACCCUGGCAUUGUCACUGGUACUGUUCCCCUGCAAGGGUUCAACAUUAGGAACACUUUUCUGAUGUAUCUGUACAGAUGUUUACCUGUACAAUGUGGUUACAAACCUGCUUAAAUGUGGACUACUAUGAGACAACUGAUACAUGUAUGUGUCCUUUAAGUCUCACAGUUAAGAGCAAUCAUUGGUCAGAAGUCCAAGUUACCUUGAGUAUUUUGUUGGAAUGUGAGUAUUGUGUUACAGAGUACGAGUGUAAAUUGUGAGACCAGAGAGUUGAAGAAAAUCAUUUCAGCAUACUGCCAACUUUAAUAUAGUGACUAUGAUAAACUAUAUAUAUUUAUGUGUAUACUUUGUCUACUUUCGAUGUAUGUGUUGCAGUGUAUAUUAUGCUUUUUACUAAUAGCAUUUGUGUCUUUCUUCACAAGAUGUUUUGUAGGUAAAAGCUAUUUUGUAUUCUGUGCUUUGUAGAAUGUGUAAUGUCAAAAUUAUAUAUCAGAAACCUGGAAUGUCUCACAUACAUACACUAGUCUGAAAUGAUUUAUAUUUGGCAUAUUGCUCACAUGUUCUGACUGACGUCGACGUUCUUUCAUUAAAUGUUGCUAAGCUCUAUCCACA